GAUCCAGAAUUGCCAAGAAAGAGGGAUGCAGUGGAGAAUGAGAUAUAGCAUAGCGUACCAGAACAUUUUCCUCCAAAGCUGCCCACAACCAGUAAGAUUGAGGCAAAUGAACUGAUGCAACAAGCAGCAUAAUCAGCUACUAACGACAUUGUGGUGCGUAAAUGGAAUCAAAUAGAAGAAAUGAGACAUAUACAUCCUAAUCAUAUGUGAACUAUGCUGAAAGAAAAGGCAAAGGCAAAUGGCUUUCAGAUUGAGUAUAUCAAAUGUGCUGUAUUACAUGUAUAAUCAAAGCGAAAAUCCCGGGAAGGUUUUAAGGUUUUUCCUGUGGGCAACUCAGCAAGGUUUUCAGCACACUCCUGAGUCUACUUCCUUCAUUCUCCAAAUUCUUGCCAAUGCCAGGAUGCUUGCUGAAGCACAGAACCUCUUGCAACAGGUUAUUGCAGGCAAAUUAUCUAAUUCUCUUACUAUUACCGGUGUAAUUGAAAAUUUGGUAGAUAACCACAAACAAUGUAACUCAACCCAUGUUGUAUUUGAUAUGAUAAUUAGUAUAUAUUCUCAAGCUAGAAUGAUCCCAGAGCUCCUUGUUACUUUUGACCAGAUGCAAAACCGUGAUUUUGUUCCGUGUAUAAACACUUGCAAUGAACUCCUCAGUACCAUGUUAAAAUCGGGUAAGGUAGAUGUGGCUUGGAGGAUUUAUGAAGAGCUUUUUAGGGGAAAGGUUUUGCCUGAUGUUUACACUUUUAGUAUGAUGAUUAGUGCUUGCUGCAAACAAGGUGAUAUGCAAAGGGCAAAAGAAUUAUUUGAUGAGAUGGAGAGAAAAGGUUGUGCUCCCAAUGUGGUUACGUAUACUGCUCUCAUCGAUGGCUUCUUUAAGUUAGGAGACAUUGAGGAAGCUAACAAACUGUUUGAUGAAAUGCUUGAGAGGGGUUUGGCUCCCAAUGAGUUUACAUAUACAUGUCUUAUAAAUGGAUACUGCAAGAAAGGGUUUAUGCAGGAGGGCUUUAGACUCCAUAACGAAAUGAUGGAAAAAGGAAUAACCCCAAAUCUGUUUACAUACAAUUCAUUGAUUGAUGCACAUUGCAAGGAGGGCAAUUUGAUGAAAGCUUUUGAUUUGUUUCGUGAGAUGCGAUCAAAGGGAGUGAUGCAUAAUGUUGUUACUUACAAUGCACUCAUUGAUGGGCUCUGCAGAGUUGGAAAAUUGAAGGAUGCUCGCAAAGCUUUGAAAGAAAUGGUGACUGCGGGUCUGGUUCCUAAUAUCGUUACUUUCAAUACAUUCAUUAAUGGUUAUUGCAAAGAAGGAAAUGUGGGAAAAGCAAAGAAUAUUUUGGUAAAGAUGAAAAACAGGGGCUUGAAUCCUAAUGUUAUUAGUUAUAAUACUUUAAUCCAUGGAUUUUGCAAGGUUGGGAAAUUACCAGAAGCAAUUGGACUCUUAGAAGAAAUGCAUGAAAGAGGUUUGGCGCCAAGUACUUUUACUUAUACAUCCCUUAUUGAUGCAUACGUCAAAGAAAAUGAUAUGAAAAACGCCUUUAAGCUGCACAAUGAUAUGGAGGAAAUGGGUUUGAAGAGCAAUGUUGUUACUUACAGUGCUCUCAUAAAUGGGCUCUGCAAAGGAAGUAGGAUGAGCGAUGCAAAUCGAUUGUUCAAUGUCAUGCAAGAGAAGGGAAUGGAUCCUAAUGAUGUGACUUAUAACACUUUGGUUUUUGGUUAUUGGAAAGAUGGCAAUUCAGAAAGAGCUUAUGGUCUGUUCAGGGAAAUGGUAGAAAAACGUAUAGUGCCCAAUAUUGCUAGCUACAGCAUUGCCAUUGAAUUCCUUUCCAAGGAAGGGAAUUCGAUAAAGGCCAAUGAACUUCUGGAGGAAAUGGUUAAAUCUGGCUUGAAUCCAUGUGCUACAACUUAUUUGGCUGUGCUUGGUGCCAAUUUGCAAGGUUGACAAUUUUUUGCAAUUAUAGAUAUGAUAUUUCCACAUUCCAUUUGGAUGAGUUGGAGUACUUCUGGUAGAUACUGUUUGAGAGUUUUUGUGUCAAUUACAUCAGCAUCGUGAAGUGUGUUCUGAAAUGUUGUUACAAAAACCCUCACACAGUUUCCACCAAUUUGAUCUGAAACAUUGAUACAAAGACCCUCACACAGUUUCUACCAAUUUCUUCCUCAUACUGAUGAUGAAUCAUGGAAUGUGAUUGGAAAUGCUGAUACAAAAACUCUCACACAAUUUCUACCUGAAGCACUUGAACUGAGUUUGUUUAUAGACUUUAAACCUUGAGCUGAGUAAGGUAACAUAUUCUGCUUUUAAAAGUUUGGCAGUUAAUAUGUCACUGAUCAAAAGGUUAGACAACCUUUGAAUUUUUGGAUUCAAUUAUGGCCUCAAGUUUUGAGGCAGGGGAAGUUUGCUUUGAUGGAUUGAUUUUUGAAUGAUUUCAUGAGGGGGAUCAUUAAAAUAAAACCUUUGAAGGCAAGCCCUUGUUUCCUCCAAAAGAUCUUCUGAUUGCACUUUCAAGAUAUUGAUCUUCUCAAGAUACGUGAAGUUUGUUUUGUAUAUGGGAGAGAUUUAACGCAUAAAUAUUGAUGGUUUUAUUUUAUUUUUUGGCUCUCUCUCUAGGUGAAGGAAUAGAUAUCUGGUUCAGUUCUUUCUACCAUGGUACUGCCAGAUAGUUACUCAAAGAUUUAUAUGACAGCUUUCUAAUGUUUACUAUUUUCAGGAAGCUAGUUGGCACUUGUUCGUGCUUGGAGGUCCCUACCUUACAAUAUUAGACAUUUGGUUGUUGAUUCUGGUAUGUGAUAUAGGAUCUCAGAGUAUGAUUCUGUGAAAACUUCUGAAAUAAGGUAACAGUUAAUCUGCCAGAAGCAUUAUGAUUAAUUGCAUCUGCAAUGCGUGUUUUUACCUCCGCUAGAAAUUGUACGAAAAUUUCAGAGGAAAUGAUGUUUUUAUUCAAUGGAAGUAGUUUACAGUGACAGUCAUAUCAAGGAUCGAAUUCAUUUAAAAGUGAUGGACAAGAUGGUAUUGGUAUUCUGUUCAUGCAAACAUAAGUUUCUUUUGAACAUGGUUACAUUAAGAUGUUUCAAAUGUCCUUUACAAAAAAUACUCUUUGUGAAUAAGCUUCCUUAUUUACACUCGUCAA